AUGAAAUCACCACAAAUUUCAACUCUAAGUUCCUCCGACCCGGAAUCGGUUAUUGUUAUUGAAUCAGGUGAUAAAGAGAUGUAUUACUUCCCGAUAUAUCGAAAAGAUGCCAAUUGCGAAAUUUGCAUGGCCCUCGAUAAAGAUGUUAAUUGCGAAAUUUGCACGGCCCUCGAUCUGAUUUACAAGAAACCCAUAUAUAAACCAGAACCCUCGGAAGUUUCUUCUGCAUGUGUCAUAUCAAUGCCCGACUAUGAAAUUCACGGAGAUUGUAAUCUUCUCAUUGCAGGAACAUCGGAAAAGAAGUCCACCAGUGUGAUAGAGAUGCCAUCGUUGGAACCCAUACCCAUACCCGUGGCUCGAAAGCUUCAUUUUCCAGAAAUCCCGGUUUCUCACAGCCCAUCGACUACUCUUUCGACCCCCAAAUCGAGUAGCAACAGGUCUGCUUCUUCGUCUAUUUCCCCUCCGCUGAAUUCUACAGCGAGGGUGAGUUUUCACGCGAAGGUGAAGCGGAGGAAGAGUGCAUUCGGGUUUGGGGUUUUGCUGAUGAGGUUGAUUUUUGGAUUGGCGGUUGUUUUCGGGUUGGAGUUAGGGUUUUCUUGGAUGGUUUCUGGGUUCUUGAAGCAUCGAUUUUCGAUGGAAAUGGUUAAGAAUUUGAGUGAAAAAUCAUGGGGUUUAAAGGAUCUUGAAGAAAGAUUGACUUUCUUGAAAAUGGAGCUUGAUGGUGUAAUCAACGGCGGAGAACUAGCAA